UGCAGAGCAGUGUAGAACUCAGCGUUUCAGAGGCUGGCUGGGUCUUGGGGAAAAUCUGAAAUCAAGACCAGGCUGACAGUUACGUAAAUCUUCAGUCUAACAGGACUUGGAAGAAAGAGGGUGUCCAGGUAGGAGGCAAAGGACCAAGGCAGAAGAAAAGGAUUAAAACCCUGAAAACUGGGAGAGAAAAGCUGUAACCUCUUUUUUGUAAAGACCUUGCAAUUUCUUGUAUGGAUGAGGAGCUAUGGCUGCUGCUACUAAGCAUAUCCAGCCUCCCAGUGCAUCUACUUCUUGCUAUCAACGUGCUCCCAUGGUAAAUUCUAAGUGCUGCUCUGUUACAGCUCUCAUGUGUGAAUAUAAGUCUAAUGCAUCAAUGACCUAAGGACCUCACCAGUUAGAAGUUAUUGUUUUUGCCAUCCUUUUUGGGUUUUUUUUAUUCCUCAAACAGUGGAAAUAUCUUUCUUUCAAGUUGCUUUUGUUGCAGAGUUAAGCAAAUGGCUAACAGUGGCUUUGGUAAAAUAUCCACAAAAUGUGCCAACUGUUCAUCUACUUCUCAGAAAGAUGUACUUUGUGUAUGUUCCUGCAGACCAAGGCUUUCUCCGGUGGUCGUGGAAAUGUCACAGACAUCAAGCACUGGUAGUUCAGAAUGUACAGUUUCACCAGAGAAAAUAAAAGAAAACCAAACCAGUAAAGAUAGUUUCUCUGGAAAAGAUUCGCCCUCAAGAACCUCAAAGGUAGAGAGGAAAACAUCUCAACAACAAUGGGGUCGGGACGACUUUACAGAAGGAAAAGUUCCUCACAUAAGGGUGGAAAACGGAGCUGCUAUUCAGAAAAUCUAUGUCUUUGGAAGAAUAUUGGGACAAGGGAGCUUUGGAAUGGUCAUCGAAGCUACAAACAAGGAAACAGAAACUAAGUGGGCAAUUAAAAAAGUGAACAAAGACAAGGCUGGAAGCUCUGCUGUGAAGUUACUUGAACGGGAGGUGAACAUCCUAAAAAGUGUGAAACAUGAACACAUCAUACAUCUGGAACAAGUUUUUGAGACACCUAAGAAAAUGUACCUUGUAAUGGAGCUUUGUGAGGAUGGAGAACUCAAAGAAAUUCUGGAUAGGAAAGAGCAUUUCUCAGAGAAUGAGACAAGGUGGAUCAUUCAAAGUCUCGCAUCAGCUAUAGCCUAUCUUCACAAUAAGGAUAUAGUACAUAGAGAUCUAAAACUGGAAAACAUAAUGGUUAAGAGCAGCUUUAUUGAUGCUAACAAUGAAAUGAACUUAAACAUAAAGGUGACUGAUUUUGGCUUAGCCGUGAAGAAGCAAGGUAGGAGUGAGGCCAUGAUGCAGACCACAUGUGGCACUCCUAUCUAUAUGGCCCCUGAAGUUAUCAAUGCCCAUUACUACAGCCAGCAGUGUGACAUUUGGAGCAUAGGUGUCAUAAUGUAUAUUCUAAAAACGUCAGAGCAUCCAAAUUUUCUCUUAUUUGCAGCUAAAAGUGUUCUGAAACAACUUUUGAAAGUAGAUCCUGCUCACAGAAUCACAGCUAAGGAACUUCUGGAUAACCAAUGGUUAACAGGAAAUACACUUUCUUUGGCAAGACCAACCAAUGUGUUAGAAAUGAUGAAAGAAUGGAAAAAUAACCCAGAAAGUGAUGAGGAAAACACAGCAGUUGAAAUGAACUAUGGGACCAUUCAAGAAAAUGUGAAAGGUCACCAGCCAAGCAGACCCAGUAGAAAUAUCCUCAAUGUCAACAGCACUUCGGAUGAAGAGGAGGAAAAACAGCCCACUGCUUAUGAAAAGAAAUUUCCUGUGACCAGUGAGAAGGAAAAUAUGGACGACUUGGACAGGAGCUAUUCAGUUUCCACAUCUAGCAGACUCUUUCCAGUUGGACUCAAAGGAGAAAUAGAGAAACCCCCUGUGACUUCAAGCCAAAGGAUAUCAACCAAAGACACUGCUAAAUCCAUUGCCCUACCUGGAAGCAAAAAGAAACUCUGAGGUUCCCUCCCAUGCUGAAUAGUACAGAAACAAGAGCUGCUCUUUCCAGUGCCAAAACAAGGGGAUAGGUGGGGACAAGGACAGUACUAUGCCAAGCUCAGCCUUUUAGCUCCACUGAGCCCUGCCAUGCCUUUGCACCAGCUUAAAAUUGACGCUGCUUCUCUACAGAGCAGCAUAUUAAUGGAUGGCCACCAACAGGCUUGAUGGCGAGCUGUGACUAAAGUCAACUCAAGAUGUUUCCAGAGUUGUUUGGAGGAACAGACGCCCUCAAAGCAAGGCUGUGGGCAUACUUGCUCAGUUUUACUUCAGAUUCUUGUAUUUAGGCACAAAUAUUUGUAGGAGAAAAUGAGAGCCAAGUAUGGUAAUUAUCCAAAUAAUUAUAUGCACUUUGCACUAGAAGACUUUGUUAGGAAAUUACUAGUAAACUUGCCAUAGGCAUAACAGAGGAAGUGCUUCAGCCAUUCACAUGUGUUCUUAUGAUUUUAGGUUGCUGUAGAUUGUUUAAGGCAACUUAUUUUAAAUGUAGAAAAACAGGAGAUUUUGUAACUGCUUGCCAUUAACUUGCUGCUAAAUUCCAAAUGGAUUGAUUGAGUCAAUAAAAAGCAGAUGUUACCCAUG